AUGUUACUCACCACGCUCCUUACUUUUCUUGUCUCUCCUUCGGCUGUUCUUGCGGCUCCUCCAAAGGCAACCCACGCGAAACAUCUCAGAGAUCCAGGAUUCCCAAACUGGCCGGGAGGUUCAUCCUCAACAGGGCAACCGAGUUCAACCUGUUACACUAUCUCGGGAUGGCAGGGCGGCAAAGGAAGACCUACCACGACAACGUCAACUCAAACUCUGCGUCCAACCACCAUCACCGUCAUCCGGACCUCCACCGUCAUCACUAUAUCUACCCCGGUGGUCACUGCUUCUUCUACGGUGACAAGCACGUCUACAGCUACUACCACAGCUCUCGGCGUGACUGACACUUUCACCUCCAUCAUCACUUCGACAUUGACGGCAUCGGCCAGCACGACGACCACGACGACCAUCACUAGCACUAGUACCGAUACUAGUACGUCCACCAGCACUGAAACGUCAACUGUUCCUGCGCCUGCUGGGUUUACUCCCAUCUACGAUAGCUCCGGCUACACGUCUCUCAACGGUGCGCAACGGCUGAAGCGAGAGGCUUUGGACACUCUCCAAAAUAAGCCCAGAUCCAGCCCAGCAAACCGCCAAUGGCCUGGAGGUCAAGGGCCACCAACAGUACAAGAAGUCAAGUGUGUUAUUGUAAUUCAACCUACUUCCACCGCCUUCACAACAGUCACAACAACAAGCACGAUAAGGGCUAGACCAACAACAACCACUGUUGCGACAACCAUUACAUACAUUACUACCACAACGAUCGUCCCCGGUCCAGUCACGACAACGGUUAGUACAAUCACAACAACCACCACUACUAGCACAAGCACAUCCACCGAGACCUCCACAGAAACAGAUAGCACAACCACAACUACAACCACAACGUCCACAACCUCCUUCUACGCAGCUUGCGCGACCAACAACAUUCUCGGUCCUCAAGUAUCGCAGAACGGCAUGUACGUUCAAGGGGUGGGGAAUUCUGAUCCGAACGGAAUACAGGCCGACGUCCCCGUUGGAAGUGCAUAUGAUUGUUGCGUACUAUGCAUCACAGGCACUGCGGUGGCUAAUUGCCAAAAUACUAUCUAUGACGCCGACACGGGAAUUUGCAACCCCAUUGGCGGGGAUACCGCCGUCUGUCCCAAUGGAGAGCAGGGGAAUUCGGGCUAUGUGUUGUUGAGCACCGGCCAGUACAAUCGCUAUGAUUCGAAUGGGCCGUGCGGGACACUUGGCCCUGAUCCAGGCGCCUAG